AUGGCCAAGAGGACCAUGGCCAAGACGGACCGAGCCAUUCGCAAAACAGUCCAGAGCCUUCCAAAAAAGCAGAGCAAGGUAACAAUGGUGGUCCUCGUCCGCGUUGCUAUCGUAAUGGCUUACGCAUGUGGCCUCACGCCGCCAACAACCCCGUCGCCUACACUGGCAGCAGUCUUGAUCGCAUCGGCAGUCUUUGCCAUUGUCAAGGCUGCCCUGUUCGACUUUCCGAUGUCGCCGCACCUGGCUGCGCUCAUCGCCACCUUUGUACUGGCCGCGUUUGCGCCUCCGCUCACACUGGUCGGCCACAUUCUCUCGUACACCUCGUACCUCUCGCCGGUGCCUCUUGCGCCGCACCUGCUGGGCGUUGGCGACGACGACCAGCGGGCGCCACUGCUCGGUAGCAGCACCCGCGGCACCAUCAAUGGCUACGCCUCGCACCGCUUGUCCUCCUCCUCCGCGUCCUCGUACACCAGCGGGGACGAGGAGGCCUCGGGCUCGGGAUCGUUUGUGUCGGGCACCUCGUUUGCCAGCUGCGACACCGAGUUUGUCUCGGCCGACGGCACUGCAGCCUCGUUUGCCGCAUCAUCGUUUGCAGGCGCAGCAUCGCCGGCCUCAUACUUUGGCACGCCGCGCUCGGACCGGACCUGGGCCGGCGAAGACGGUCUGCUCUACGCCACCCCACCCGAGCACUCGUAUGCCGCCGCCGCCGCCUCCGCACGUCUCGCCUCGCCACCGCUACCGCCGUCGUCGUCGCAAGGAGUUGCAGAAGCAGCAGGCGACGGCGUCACAUUUGGCGGCAUUGAUGACGCACCCGAGGCCCACCGCGAGCUUCUGCUGCAGACUUGCACCGCGCUGCACGCCUCGCUCUCGGCAGACGCGCCCGGCUGGGAGCCGUUCUCGCUCGGCAGCUCGGUAUCCAACGGCGUCACUCUCGAGGUCAAAGACAUGCCGCACGGCGUCCAAGCCGCCCGCGCUCUUUUCUCGCUCUAUGCCCCGGUCGACGCAGUCAUCGCCGCGCUGAGCGACUGGACCCGCCGUGCAGAGUGGGACCCCGGGUUCGAAUCGGCGACCCGCCUCGCCGAGCUCGGUGGCGGCGCGGCCGCCUGGCGCCUGGCCUUCCACGGGCGCGAGCUCACCCAGCAGCGCGAUGCCUGCGUCCUCUCCGCGCUGUCAGCAGUUGGCCCGCGCGGAUCAGCCAUGCUCGUCGCACUGGUCUCGGUCGAGCGCAGCGACUGUCCGCCGCGCCCUGACUACGCCCGUAUGACUGUUUAUCCCUCGGGCUUCCUAGUCGAACCGCUUCCGUCCGGCGCCACACGGGUCGCCGCUCUCUUCGCCUCGGACAUCGAGGGCUGGGUUCCGCGCGCCAUCAAGCGCCAGCUCACCGCCUCGGUCGCCCUCGCCGUCGUCGCCGUCUGCAACUCGCUCGCUACAAGCUAGAAGCUCGGCGCUUCGUCCUCGGGUCCAUCGCCCAUCUCGAGCGCAGCGGACACAAGAGCUCCAAGCCUGUUCGAUCGCGCCCACAUGUUCGCCGCCUGCCCGCGCACACCAACCGGCCCGUACUCGAUAAGCCUUCCGUACCAGCACCCAGCCCGCAGGCACGGAAUGGCAAAGAACGCGCUUUCGGCGGCACGGACUCGCCGCGCACCGAGCACCACGGUCUGAACCUCGGCCUCGAAGCACCCGGCAUGGACGUACAAUGUGCAACUUGCGCUGCACGACACGGAGCACAUCUUUCCCGCGCUCCGAUCGGCCGGCCGUGCUUGCGACACACGCCCGACUCGGCGGCAUAGCUCGCACCUCUGCCCGUGCCGCACCGAGGUCAGCGCCACGUUGGCAAAGAGCCUGCAGGUCAGAACCACGCUCUGCAGCUCGGCCCGGCUAAAGUAGCGCCUAAAAAUCAGCGCCCACACCUCCGCCGGCACCUGGCUCACCAACGACUGACCUUGAUGGUGCGCGUAGAGGAAGGCGUGCCGUCCGCGCGGGCACUGCGCACACGCCAGGCUCGCUGCUCCCCGCCACACUGCCUUCCGUGA